AGGAUUAGGUGUACCUGCGUAGGUGGAGCACUACAGGACCCGACGGAGCACUAGGGGACCGGAGCACUAGGGGACCCGAGCGCCGCGGUACCCCCUGAUCCGGCGUCGUGCUCCGCCUGCAGCAAGUGGUUUACUGCUACGCCGCAGGGCUUGGGGCGUUCCUUUCGCGUCCGGGAAGCCUUUCUCAGGCUGCGGAGGACGCCCACGGGAGGCGGGGCUGGGUUCUACCAGAGCGCAAGCCCGGCUCGUCCCCGGCUUCAAGUACGGGGCGGCACCCUCGCGGUUUUCCAGCCAGUCUUCGUUCCCCGGUGACCGCGGGGCGGGACCCUCGCUGCUUUCCGUCCAAUUCCCGCCCCUCAGCUGCGGCGGAGGAGCAGGCCCGUGACGGCUGUGGGUUGCCGCGGAGUAGACGGAGCGCAAGCGUCACCAGCCUAGAUCAAACCCCCGUUUUCUCGAAACAGAAUUGUCGCAGCAGAUUCCUGGCAGUCCUAAGCAGUUCAUCUUGGUGUACCGGUUCUUUUGGAAUUAUUCUAUCUUCGUGGUGAGAGAAUUCAGAAUAACCCUUCCUGAACGAGUCUGGUAAUUCAUAUUUUCGGUGUGUACCUUUUGGUGAGUUAAGUUUUCCUGUUGUGAUUGCAUCAUGGAAAAUCAGUUGGCUAAAUCAACUGAAGAACGAACAUUUCAGUACCAGGAUUCUCUUCCAUCUCUGCCUGUUCCUUCCCUUGAAGAAUCAUUAAAAAAAUACCUUGAGUCAGUAAAGCCAUUUGCAAAUAAAGAAGAAUAUAAAAAAACUAAAGAAAUUGUCCAAAAAUUUCAAGAUGGUAUUGGAAGAAAACUGCACCAGAAAUUACUUGAAAGGGCAAAAGGAAAAAGAAAUUGGCUGGAAGAAUGGUGGCUGAAUUGUGCCUAUCUGGAUGUUCGUUUAUCAGCGCAACUGAAUGUCAAUUUUGCUGGUCCUGCACCUUAUUUUGAACACUACUGGCCUCCAAAGGAAGGCACUCAGUUGGAAAGAGGAAGUAUAUGUCUUUGGCAUAACUUGAACUACUGGCAGCUACUAAGAAAAGAAAAAGUGCCUGUUAAUAAAUCUGGGAAUAGUCCUCUAGAUAUGAAUCAAUUCCGAAUGCUGUUUUCCACCUGCAGGAUUCCAGGAAUUACUAGAGAUUCAAUUACGAAUCAUUUUAGGACUGAGAGUGAAGGACAUUCCCCAACUCACAUUGCAGUGCUUUGUCGAGGCCGAGUUUUUGUCUUUGAUGUAAUACAUGAUGGAUGUUUGAUCACCCCGCCAGAGAUUUGCAGGCAAUUGACAUACAUUCACAGGAAGUGCCAUAGUGAACCUGAUGGACCUGGAAUAGCAGCGUUGACUAGUGAGGAGCGAACUCAAUGGGCUAAGGCACGAGAAUAUUUGAUUAGUCUUGAUCCGGAGAACUUGACUAUGUUAGAAAAAAUUCAGAGCAGUUUACUGGUAUAUUCCAUAGAGGACAGCAGUCCACAUGUAACACCAGAAGAUUAUUCUCAGGUAACUGCAGUGAUCCUUAUAGGUGAUCCAACUGUACGCUGGGGAGACAAAUCUUACAACUUGAUUUCCUUUUCCAAUGGAGUAUUUGGCUGUAGUUGUGAUCAUGCUCCUCUUGAUGGAAUGGUUAUGGUAAACAUCAGCCAUUAUGUUAAUGAGAAGAUUUUUGAGAAUGAAGGAAAAUGGAAGGGUUCAGAAAAAGUACGGGAUAUACCACUUCCAGAGGAGCUUGUUUUCACUGUGGAUGAUAAAAUACUAAAUGACAUUAAUCAAGCUAAAGCCCAAUAUCUCAAGCAGGCAUCUGAUCUGCAGGUUGUGGCAUAUACCUUUACAUCUUUUGGCAAAAAGCUAACCAAGAAGAAGAUGCUUCACCCUGAUACAUUCAUUCAGCUUGCACUUCAGCUGGCCUAUUACAGACUUCAUGGACGCCCUGGCAGCUGCUAUGAGACUGCCACGACAAGGUGUUUCUAUCAUGGCCGCACAGAGACCGUGCGCUCAUGUACAGCAGAGGCGCUCCGUUGGUGCCAGUCCAUGCAAGACCCUUCUACUGGCCUUCUUCAGAGGCAACAGAAGAUGUUACAGGCUUUUGCAAAACAUAAUAAAAUGAUGAAAGAUUUUUCAGCUGGAAAAGGAUUUGACCGUCAUCUAUUAGGUCUUUUACUCAUAGCAAAAGAAGAAGGUCUUCCUAUUCCAGAACUCUUUACAGACCCACUUUUCUCCAAAAGUGGAGGAGGUGGAAACUUUGUUCUCUCAACAAGUCUGGUUGGUUAUUUAAAAAUCCUGGGACUGGUGGUUCCCAUGGUCCACAAUGGCUAUGGAUUUUUCUACCAUAUCGGAGAUGACAGGUUUGCUGUGGCCUGUUCAGCCUGGAAAUCAUGUCCAGAGACUGAUGCAGAAAAGCUAGUUCUGCUGGUGUUUCAGGCUUGCCAUGAUAUGAUGCAGUUGAUGAACACUGCUCAUCUUUAGAGACUAAUAAUUUAUUUAGCAUUUAUAAAAAUAUUAAACUGUGUGGAGAGUGGGUUAGUGAUGGGAGAUAGGAAGGCAUAUUAAAGGAAACUUGUUAAAUGUAGAAAUUAGUAGAAUCAUGCUAAGUUUAUUCUCACAUGGGAGAUUAAAAAUGAUUUUGAAGCUUCCUGUGAUGCAGUAGCAGUGCACACUGAUAUAAUGAGCUAGAGAACUAAGCAAAAGUUGAAGAUCAGCCUCAACAAUGCAAAUCUGCAAUUUUUAAUGAUGCAAGUCUUACUCCAACUUGGAAGCAUUUUUGUUGGUAACAUAUACAGAUUAUAAAUCCUCUCUCUCAACAUCCUUGUAGGGUCUGUCAAGCACUUUAACAUUUCCUAGUUGCCAAAGGGUAUGGAAUACAUGAUUAGAUGUUAACUUCCCUGAAAUCGUUGCCUUCCACAUUCACCACAGGGAUACAAGCCUACUAUGUUUGAUGGAAAAGACCACUACAAUUUAAUGGUAAUUGAAAAGUAGAGUUUCUGUUGGACAGAACAAUUACAGGGAAGUUUAUACUCCGAAGCACACACAGAAAAAUCCUAACAAAAUUCAUUAUAGUAUAUUGUAGUUUUUUUGAAUAUAAAAUUAAAGCAUUUAUUUUUAAAAUUAGACUUAGUGACUUGAAGAAGAUUGCUGGAUCAAAUUCUCAGAAUUUUACAGGUUUUUUUUCCUGCUGUUCAAAAUAGAAAAUAAAGUUCUCAAUCAUGUAGCUUCUUGUUUGGUGUUUGGAUAACUAAUCUACUCCUGUUUCACCUUAUACUUUCUGUUCGAAGUUAUGUAUUACUGUGUAAAAAACGACCCAGAACUUACUGUCUUAAAUCAGUUUAUUAUUUCUCAUGAUUGUGUCAGUGGAUUGUGCCAGUUGGAUAGUUCUGGGCUUGCUGUAGUUUAUUUAUGCGGCUGCAUUCCUCAGGGUGCCAGACUGAGGCUGUAAAGUUGAAGAUGCCUCACCUGCCGCCUGGGGAGUUGGUUCGUGGGACUCUCUCCACAUGGUCUCUGAUUAUUCACUAUUCUAGCCUUGACUUAGGUACUUGGCAACGGGAGUGUUCUGAGAGAGAAAGGUAGCAUCUGCAAGGCCUCUUGAGGCCUAGGCUCCGAAGUCACAGGAUAUUACUUUGCACUUUAUUGAAGAAAAGUUGCAACAGCAGUCUAGAUUCAAGGGGUGGGGGCAGAGUGUCGUCUCGAUAGGAGAAACAGCAAAGUUAUUUUGUAAAUGUAGAUGAGUAGGCGUGUUGUGACUUACUGGGGGCUGUUUUUAUAGCAAUGCUCUACAUCAAGAUUUUAGUGUAUUUACUGGCUGUAUAAAUCCUUUCAAUUUUCCUGUCUUCUGACUAUGGUAAGUCUGGUUUAUUGUUUCUUUGUGAAAACAUUGAGUUGGCUUCUGUGGCGUUUUGAUAUAUCCCCAACAGAUUUCUUCUUUCCAUUCUAUACCGUGGACCUUGUUCCUCACCAGUACAAUUUAAUAGACUGCACUGUGGUGGCUUUUAGAAUCAUUCGGUUAGUUGUUUUUAAAUAAUGUCUAAGGACAUGGGUACUUUAGAAAGUGUUCACUUCCUGCAGAGAAACCUCUUCUGUGAUACUUUACCUGUUUCCCUAACCUGCCUGAAGGUAAAAAGCAUUCCAGAUCAUUUUUAACAGAUUUCUGGGCCUCUCCCCAGACCUGGAGAGUUAGAAUUGCCAGAGGCUUCUGAGUCACUGAGGUAAUGUACCCCUCCCUUGUCCCAUUCUUCUCUUGGUUCAUCUGAAAUGUAGUCCACUAUACACAUGGUAUCAUUUGAAAAUAUCUUUGGUAAGACCUGGUUUGUUACAGAUGGAGGAACUACUAGUUUGGGUAGUUUACUGACCUAAAGAACCUGUGACAGUGGUGAGAAUUGAUAUUGCUUCAGUGAAUUAUAAAGAAAACAAACAAAUGGAAAAUUAAGAAAAAGCAUUUCAGUGUGGUUAGCUGCUAAAGGUUGCCCAGACUUUUUUUGGGGGGGGGGGACCUCUAAACAUUCUGGGCAAACUAAGAUUACUGAAAAAAAGUAGUGGAGUUGCUAUAGACCCUCAGCUUUUCAUUGUUAUUUCCAGUGUUUCAGAUUGCAGUCGAGAUCAUUGAAAUCUUUAUUGAGUUAAAAUUUUCAGAGCUAUUUAAUGGUAUGUGGUCGGGUUUUUGUUUUGUAUUGUUUUGCUUUUAUGGAACAGAUGUGUGCCUGUGAAGUUAGCUUGUCCAAGGGCAGUCUCAUUUCCUCUUGGACUUUGGUAAUAAAGCUGGGAACACAUUUAUUUAAAAAAAACAACGAACAAACCUCUAUUCCCAAAAGAAUUUGGGAAGUCAGCAAGAGAGAGAGUAGGCAAUGGAAAAAAUGUAUUUUUCCGUUCUUGUGAAAAUCGUUCCCCAACCAUCCUGUCAUCUACCCAGCUAUUCAGGACCAUAAGAAGUUUCUCUGUGUCUGAUUUCUGUAUGUUUCUGGUAACUCAAGAGCUAGGCUGCUGUUUUUAUACCUCAUCAAGACAGGGUAUUAAUUUUUACUCUUAAAUUUCAGAUGCUAUCACAUCAACACCAAAUGGGCUGUUCCAAAUUGAUAUGGAAUAAGAUAUACCUGUAUUUUAUGAUUUGUAAAAGAUUUCUAGUUUAAGUCAGAAAAAGUUACCAUUUGAA